UUUGGAGAAAGAAGAAAAUUUGGAUGGGAGGUUGGUGGUGGGGAUGAUGAGAGAGGGAUCAGAGGUGAAAGAGAGAGAAACUAAGAAACGAGACAGAAAAAAAGAAAAAUUCUGAAAUCGAGAGAAGAGAGAGAAAGGAAAAAAGCGUCUCAACUAAGAAGAUGGUCGAAGAGAGGGUCCUCUGAGAUCAUCCGGAAAAGGCAGCAAUAGAAGAACAAUAGAAGAAAAAAAAAAGAAAAAAGAGGAAAACACAAUAAGAACUUCAAAUUUUAAUUUGUUUUGAACUUUUGCUGCCUUUUUAUCUGUGUCUCAAUUUGCCCCUACCUGUCACCCCUUCUCAACCAACAUUAUAUUUCCUUCUUAUGCACAACAAAAUUAUCGCAAGAAGGAGUGUUCUUUUCUUGCACCUUUUUGUCUCUUUUGCAUGCUCCACCCAGAGAUAUUGAGUUAAGCGGGUUAUGUAUUAUGUGGAGAAGAGACUUGUAACAAAGAGAUAGCAUCACAAAAGAAAUGAGAGAUCCUGAUCUGAUAUUCAGACCCAAACCUUAGUUUUUCAUGACUUCACCUUAACGUAAAACUUUCCCUAGUUAGUGAGUUUCUUUUGCUUCAUCCCAAUCCUUGCAGAUCGAAGGGUUUCUCUGCAUAAAAUACCUGGAAAUUUUGGAUAUUAUAUAAUAUAGCGUCCUGGCUACCGAGGAAUAUAGAUACUACCUUAAUCAGAUUUUGGCAUCGGCUUCACCAAGAAAUGGAACUAAGAUGGAACACAUUUGGAUUUUGUCUAAGAAUUUAUAUUUUCUUGUUCUCACUGUGGGGAAUCCGAGAUUGUUGGUCCGUUAACGAUGAAGGACUGGCUUUGUUAGCGUUUCAAGCGAGAAUAACCAGUGAUCCCUUUAAUGCUUUGGUGAAUUGGAAUCCCAAUGAUUGUGACCCUUGCGGGUGGUUGGGUGUUCAUUGUGUAGAUGGUAAAGUGCAAGUAUUGGACUUAAAAGGGUUAUCAUUGGAAGGGACGUUGGCUCCUGAGCUUGGCAGACUUAAUCAUCUAAAUUCUAUUGUAUUAUGCAAGAAUAACUUUUCUGGUGCCAUUCCCAAAGAACUUGGAGAUUUACCCAAGCUAGAGUUAUUAGAUUUAAGGGAAAAUAAUUUGUCAGGAAACAUCCCAGCAGAAAUUGGCAACAUGUCGUUAUUAAAACACUUUGUGUGGCAACGUAACUUCAACCAAUGGUACAAAUCAGAUUCAUUGAUUAUUCUAACCAAAGCAAAACUUAAGAAAUUCGCCAAUGCCUUUGCUUGGCCACUAUUCAAACUAGGGAAGACUAGCUCUCAUGGCAAUGAAAAAGAUUAUUGUGACAUUCUGCCCAGUUCUGAUGUGCCAAAGAUAGCCCAAAAUGUACCAGAAAUUGUUAGUUCUACACGUCGUAAGUUACUUCAGUCUAGUGGUAAUAACCUUGCAGCUGUACCUUUCGAUGACAAAACACCAAUAGAGUUUAGCACUGCUCCAACUACCUUCAGUACUGGAGCUAUUCCUGCUGUUCCAGAUGCCACUGAGAAACAAAAUCAGCCUGCAUCCUCAGAUCCUAAUGCUCCUGACGAUGCUUCUGAUGAAAAUCAAUCACAAGAUGCUUCCGAUGGAAAUCAAGAAAGUCAACAUGUAAAUAAUGGUGCUUCUAUCUGGAAGUGGAUAAUUAUUAUUCUUCUUCUGCUGGCUAUUAUUAUCAUAAUUCUUUUAUACAUUAUGCGAAAACGAGCCGCAAAAGUAAUAGGCCCCUGGAAGACAGGAAUAAGUGGACAGUUGCGGAAAGCAUUUAUAACAGGGGUUCCCAAGUUGAAUAGAGCAGAAUUAGAGACAGCCUGUGAAGAUUUUAGCAAUAUUGUUAUUGAUUCUUAUGCCGAGUGCACCAUCUACAAAGGAACAUUGUCUAGUGGAGUUGAGAUUGCUGUAGUUUCUACUCUAAUUACUUCUUCUAAGAAUUGGUCAAAGAGCAUGGAGAUAAGAUACCGCAAAAAGAUUGAUAAUUUGUCUCGCAUAAAUCAUAAGAACUUUAUUAAUCUUAUCGGCUACUGCGAAGAAGAAGAACCAUUCACUAGGAUGUUGGUGUUUGAGUAUGCUCCAAAUGGAAACUUAUUUGAGCAUUUACAUGUUUCGCAUUUGGAACGUAUUGAUUGGAGUGCAAGGGUAAAGAUUAUCAUGGGGGUUGCGUAUUGCCUUCAAUACAUGCACCAUGACUUAAAUCCGCCUAUGGCACAGAGCAAGCUAGCUUCAAAUAUGAUAUUUUUAACAGAUGAUUUUUCUGCUAAGAUUGCAGAGGUUACUUUUAGACAUAUUGUGUCACCAGAGAGCUUGGGUGAUUCAAAUAAAUCUGAUGAUGGGCCAUCCGACAAGAAUAUUGAAACCAACGUUUACAAAUUUGGAGAGUUAUUGCUGGAAAUCAUCUCAGGGAAAUUACCUUACUCGGAAGAACAUGGCAACCUAGUGGACUGGGCUGCUAAGUACAUAAACGAGAAAACAAACCUCAAAGAUUUGGUGGAUCCCAGCCUCGAAUGUUUCAAGGAGAACGAACUUCAUUGCAUUUGUGAUGUGAUCCAAGACUGUAUCAAACCUGAUGUAAAGUCAAGACCAACAAUGAGGGACGUGACUUCCAAAUUAAGGGAAGUGCUUGGUUUGUCACCUGAGCAAGUGGUCCCAAGACUUUCUCCACUCUGGUGGGCUGAAUUGGAGAUCCUGUCAGUGGAGACGACUUAAGUUUCAUUUUACUCUCUUUUAUGUGCUUCAAGUCUCUCUCUUUGACCUCCAUCACCAACCAGAGUGGAAAGUUAAGAUAUCUACUCAAACAAUUUUUUACUUCCUUCACAUCGUUCUUGUUCUUUUCUAAGUCUUCAUCAUUAACACCUUAGAUACUUAUGUCCAAAGGAAACUGUAUUAUGUUGUUUUGCAAGAAAGGUAUAAUAGAUUGUAUUUUUGUUGAAGGAGUUAAUGUAAGGUGUAAAACUUCCAAUAUGUGUUGGCAUAGUAGCCCCCAAUGAACAUACAAGUUUAUAUAUUAAUGUUUAUU